GGGGGCCUAGACCCUGGGAGGCCAAAGGACUGUAAGCCGGGGCCAAGGGAGCAGAGGGUGAGGAAGCCAGAGCAUCCAAGUUGACUGGCCAUCUUCAAGUGGAGUCAGGAGAGAGUUCCAACUCAGGGAGACCGAGGUAAAAGCCGUAGCUCACUCACUUGCUGCACAAGAUGAUAUUCCUCACCACGCUGCCUCUGUUUUGGAUAAUGAUCUCAGCUUCUCGAGGAGGCCACUGGGGUGCCUGGAUGCCCUCGUCCAUCUCAGCCUUCGAGGGGACAUGCGUCUCUAUCCCCUGCCGUUUCGACUUCCCCGAUGAGCUCAGACCGGCUGUGGUGCACGGCGUCUGGUAUUUCAACAGUCCCUACCCCAAGAACUACCCACCCGUGGUCUUCAAGUCCCGCACACAAGUGGUCCACGAGAGCUUCCAGGGCCGCAGCCGCCUGCUGGGGGACCUGGGCCUCCGCAACUGCACCUUGCUUCUCAGCACGCUGAGCCCCGAACUGGGAGGCAAAUACUAUUUCCGAGGGGACCUGGGCGGCUACAACCAGUACACAUUCUCAGAGCACAGCGUCCUGGAUAUCAUCAACACCCCCAACAUCGUGCUGCCCCCGGAAGUGGUGGCGGGAAGGGAAGUGGAGGUCAGUUGCAUGGUGCCGGACAACUGCCCGGAGCUGCGCCCGGAGCUGAGCUGGCUGGGCUACGAGGGGCUGGGGGAGCCCACGGUGCUGGGUCGGCUGCGUGAGGAUGAAGGCACCUGGGUGCAAGUGUCGCUGCUUCACUUCGUGCCCACCAGAGAGGCCAACGGCCACCGUCUGGGCUGCCAGGCCGCCUUCCCCAACACCACCUUGCAGUUCGAGGGUUACGCCAGUCUGGACGUCAAGUACCCCCCAGUGAUUGUGGAGAUGAAUUCCUCCGUGGAGGCCAUUGAGGGCUCCCACGUCAGCCUGCUCUGUGGGGCUGACAGCAACCCGCCUCCGCUGCUGACCUGGAUGCGGGACGGGAUGGUGUUGCGAGAGGCCGUGGCCGAGAGCCUGUACCUGGACCUGGAGGAGGUGACCCCCGCGGAGGACGGCGUCUACGCUUGCCUGGCAGAGAACGUCUACGGCCAGGACAACCGCACGGUGGAGCUGAGCGUCAUGUACGCACCUUGGAAGCCCACAGUGAACGGGACGGUGGUGGCCGUGGAGGGGGAGACGGUGUCCAUCCUCUGCUCCACACAGAGCAACCCGGACCCCAUCCUCACCAUCUUCAAGGAGAAGCAGAUCCUGGCCACCGUCAUCUACGAGAGCCAGCUGCAGCUGGAGCUCCCUGCAGUGACACCGGAGGAUGACGGGGAGUACUGGUGUGUGGCGGAGAACCAGUACGGCCAGAGAGCCACCGCCUUCAACCUGUCUGUGGAGUUUGCGCCCAUAAUCCUGCUGGAGUCACACUGCGCGGCUGCCAGAGACACAGUGCAGUGCCUGUGCGUGGUAAAAUCCAACCCGGAACCCUCUGUGGCCUUUGAGCUGCCUUCCCGCAACGUGACGGUGAACGAAACCGAGAGGGAGUUCGUGUAUUCAGAGCGCAGCGGCCUCCUGCUGACCAGCAUCCUCACACUCCGGGGUCAGGCCCAGGCCCCGCCCCGGGUCAUCUGCACCACCAGGAACCUCUAUGGCACCCAGAGCCUCGAGCUGCCCUUCCAGGGAGCACACCGACUGAUGUGGGCCAAAAUCGGGCCUGUGGGGGCUGUGGUCGCCUUUGCCAUCCUGAUUGCUAUUGUAUGCUACAUCACCCAGACAAGACGAAAAAAAAACGUCACGGAGAGCCCCAGCUUCUCGGCGGGAGGCAACCCUCACGUCCUGUACAGCCCCGAAUUCCGAAUCUCCGGGGCCCCUGAUAAGUACGAGAGCGAGAGGCGCCUGGGAUCUGGGAGGAGGCUGCUGGGCCUUCGGGGGGAACCCCCAGAACUGGACCUCAGUUAUGCCCACUCAGACCUGGGGAAACAGCCCACCAAGGACAGCUACACCCUGACGGAGGAGCUGGCUGAGUACGCAGAAAUCCGGGUCAAGUGAGGAGGAAGCUGGGGGCUGGCCUUGUGGCUCACGCCCCGCCCCUUCGGGACCCUCGCUGGCCCCCCCUGGCUGUGGGCUCCCUUCCUCCUGGAAAUGGCAGCGGUGGGGGCGGGAAGGGGCAGGGCAGGAGAUAGUGAGGCUGUGGGGGCCUCUCCUUCCCUCCCGGCCGCUCCGUUCUGCCAGCACCCCGUGCCCACGUCACAGCUCCCCUCUGCCCUCCUUUUAACCUGUCUAGAGGGGUGCUCUGUCUGUCCAUGUUAUUUAUUGCUAUCCCUGUCCUGGUCUCCUGUCCCCCUACCUGGCCCUGGGAUCUGUACAAAGGGGACACGAAAUAAAUGUCCCAAUGCCAAA